AUGCAGAUCUACACCGGUGACGAGAGCGGCUUGGUGAAAUCCAUUGUCUUCCCCAGCAAACAUGCAGUGGAACAAGCACAAGCUCUCCUACAACAACAACGACAAAAGAAAAAGGCCAAAAAGGAUCAGGACACCAAUGAACCUCAGAUUCCAACACCCACUGUACAAAAGUUUGGUCGUGUCGAUAAGAAUGCAGCAGUACAACACCUUUGUUGGGGUGUCAUUGACGGCAAGCGUCAUCUUGUUGUGGCUCGCAAGAAUGGAAAAGUGCAUUUCAUGUGUCCCGAGACAGGUGCUGUUGUACGUGAAUAUGUGGAUGAAAACGUGGGUGUCGACAAGGGCACAUUCAUUGGUCUCUUUGCCAACGACACGUACCUGAUCACUGGUACAUCCACUGGACAUAUCGCAUAUACUCGUUUGGACGAUUACAACAACGACUCAGGCAGCAACAACACUACCACUUGCAUCACAACCGCUCCUGGUGCGGAUCUCUGCAUUAUGCGUGUCCAUCCAUCUCAUCCUCAUUUGUUUGCUACGGGUGGCAAGGAAAAUGAUCUCAAACUUUUCGAUGCCAACAUCAUCAUGCAAGAGGACGAUCAAGACGAGAACGAGGAGGAAGAAGAGAAGGAAGAGGAUGAAAAGAAGAAGAAAAAGACACGAUACCAAAAGGCAAAGGCACAAGCAAAGGGGUUGGUGUUUAUGGCCAAGAACGUUCCCAAUGACAUGUUGGAUUUACGAGUGCCUGUAUGGAUUCAGGACUUGCAAUUCUUGAAUGAGGAAGGUACACGCAUUGCAACAGCUACGCAUUAUCAUCAAAUUCGUGUAUACGACAUUAAAGCACAACGACGACCUAUUCACGAUCAUGAUGUUGGAGGCAAAGUACCUUUGACAAGUCUCUCUAUCGGCAAAAAUUACCAGCAAUUGAUUUUCACGGAUACCAUGAACACUGUACGUGUUAUUGAUGUGGAGACAGGACGCACACUUGGACAAUACAAGGGUUUGACUGGUAGUGGUACAGCCGUUGCCAUGGCACCUGCAGCCAAGUUUUCCGAGUCAGCGCCUGAAGAUGCAUACCUUGUCACUGUAUCACUGGAUCGAUUUGCACGGGUGCAUGAAACCAAGACCACUUUCCGCAAGGUGGAGCACAAGGUGUAUCUCAAGCAGCGUAUGACGUGUCUGUUAGUGGAUGAUGAAUUCCAGCAUGAGGAAGAGCAACAACAAGAAGCUGAUGAUGAGGAAGAUGAAGAGGAUCAAGCCAUGUGGGAAGCAAUGGAAACGGUUGAUGAUAACAAGAAGCGGAAACAUCGUGCAUAG